AUGAACCCUAAAUCAUGCACAUCACCAUCGACAACCACCAGUGACAAUUUUGCUAUAGUCUCAUACGACUUUGGUAACCUGAUUAAUCAAGUCGAUGAAGAUUGUGAGGAAGAUGCUGAGCUCCCCGAAGAAAUUGCAAGAUUGCUCAACACGCUUAACCUGCACAGACCAAAGCCAAAAAAAACCAAGCAUAAGAUUGAUAUUGACACAGUGGAGAAGUUUCAGACUUUAAGGAAGCAGGAGCAGAAAUAUUUUGAUGACAUGGUUCAACAAUGCAAGGAUGUAGGCACAACCCUUGUUAUUUGCAAAAGGGGUUUUGAUGGUGAAGCAAAUCAUCUCUUGAUGCACACGAACUUGCCAGCUGUUAGGUUGGUUGUUGGUGUUGAGUUGGAAUUGAUUGCCAUAGCAACAAGUGGAAGAAUUGUUCCCAGGUUCCAGGAAUUAACUGCAGGAAAGUUAGGAAAGGUUGGUAUCGUCAGAGAGAAAGCAUGUGGAACAGCUAAAGACCGGAUGUUGUACAUUGAGUACUGUGCUAAUUCAAAGGCUGUGUUGUUGUGGUUUCUAUAUAUUUCAAGGAUGUUUCUUUCAGAAGGUCACAAGCAUCAAGUUGUUUUCAGUUUAUGGUUUUGUUUCUAUUUGGUGCUUAUUGCUGCACAGGAUAAUACCACUGACCCUACCGAAGUUGAAGCAUUAAAAGCCAUAAAAGAAAGAAUUGCAACUAAUGAAUUUGAGCUUGUCCGGAAAUUUGGUACCAGAAAUUGGCAGCUUAGCUUAUAUGGAAAGAUUGAAGUUCAUGUGGAACAAAAUAAUUGGGAGUAUUCCAAAGGAAAUUGGCAAUAUCAAAUCUCUAGUCCUCCUGCUAUUAAAUGGAAAUCUAUUAACAUGUUCACUACCAGAUGA